CCCGUCUCGGGUUUGUCGCUAUGUCUCUGUUGUAGAUAUACCAUUUAUCCAGUGAUUAUGAUUACCUUCUAGUUCAAUAACUAGACUUUUGAGGAAUUGUAAAAUGCUAUGUUUUAUUAUUUCUUUUUUUUCUCCAGUGACAAUAAGCCACGAGUGUUUACUUAUGUUUUAAACGCGGUAGCUUACCUCUGGCGCCAUAAGUAAGCGCCGGGGUUAUGCCCGAAGCAUGCCAUCGACGUCGCGGUCGAGGGGCUCCGGGCGCGGGCCGGACGGCGCGCCACGGCCCCAAGUCAUAGCGCCCAUGUCGGAGCGGCAGCAACUAGCCCUCGUAAUGCAGAUUUCAUCACAAGAUGCUCCUCCAGCCGCUCCGACCCCAGCAGAAGAACGAAAACGCACCAGGCAGCAGCGCAAUGAGCGCGGUGAGACACCUUUGCAUGUAGCAGCUAUCCGAGGCGACCACGAUCAAGUAAAGAAAUUGCUUGAUCAAGGACAAGAUCCCGAUGUUCCUGAUUUUGCUGGGUGGACACCACUUCAUGAAGCUUGCAGUUAUGGGUGGUAUCAAGUUGUAGUGGUACUUGUAAAUGGUGGUGCUAAUGUCAAUGCAAAAGGUUUAGAUGAUGAUACUCCUUUACAUGAUGCCACAACUUCUGGUAAUCUCAAAAUGGUCAAAUUCCUCAUUGAACAUGGAGCCGAUCCAUUUGUCAAGAACACCAAAGGGAAAAUGCCAUCAGAUUAUGCUGCACCACACAUCUUUGAAUAUCUGCAGUCUUUAAAAGAUAAUAACGCGAGAGCAACACACGUCAGUCGGGCAAGGGAUGACAGCAUCAAAAAGGGUUGCAAUGCCAGUGGUAACAGCGAUUGCAGUAAGCGGAACAACAUGGAGACCCUAGCCCAGGGGGAACAUUUCGAUGGCAAGGACAUCACCACACAGGAAAAAGGGGGUGCCGCCGAGUCCAGAGACGAUGGAUCUCAGCUAAGUAGCUCUGUGGUAUCAUCGACUCAAGACGACAGCAUUAAGAGACCGCACGAAGAUAGUGCAGAUAAUGAAGCGGCUGAAGACGAUGUUUCAAAACGGAAGAAACGUAAGGACAAUGAAGAGAAAGAGCCAAUGGGCAAGCCGGCUCCGGUGGCGCGAGGAGGACCUGGACGUGUCUUAACUGGCAGUAAACCACCAGGGCCUGCAAGUAAGACAGGUGCUGUACCAUUAGGAAAGAGUGGAAGUGGACAGAAUGUCAGCAAAGGUGGUGCUGGUUCUUCUGGCAAGGGAAGCUUGCAAGCACAGGGGAAAGGAGGCAGUGGAGGAUCAAAGGGUAAUGCACAAGGGUCACAUCAGGGGAAAUCUGGAGGCGGGAAGGGUAGUUCUCUGCAAGUAAGCAAGCAGGACCGGAAAAGCCCAGUUGCUAGUCCAAAGCCGAACCAGAAUAAAGAUAAUGAUGGUGACGAUGAGCCAAAGACCCAUGAAGCGGCACCUAAGGUCCCGCCGCUGAAGAUCGUCAUACCAGGUGGUGCAGGAGGAUCUGGCAGUAGAAACGAGCAAGAAGGCGAAGGUGGAACAGGGGCACGAGGUAGCGGUAAAGGACGCGGUAACGCAUCAACAUUGCCCUACGUGAUACCGUGCACGAGCACAGACACGGGUCAAACAUCUGAUAGCUCAGACGGCACUUCCGACGACAAGAGAGGCGAAGGUGGAAAGGCUGGACAGAGAGUCCUCCGUUCUCAUAGGACAAAUGACGGGGAUAAAGAUAAGGAGAGGACAUCCCCUCAGACAGGGAAUGACAGCCGCUCCGGGGCGGGACAGGCUCAAGCUAAUUUAAAUUCGAACAAAAGUCCUACACCUUCGGGCUCUGGGCAAGAUCAUGAGCAUUCCUCAAACUCUGGAAGAUCUGAAUCUAACUCGGGCCAUGUCGAGUUGCAUCCCAGGAAAAGAAAGAUUAAGGCUUCAAAAGAUGGUCACUCCCGAGAUCAAUCAAAAAAUGAGCAAACUCACGAGUCUACUGCAAGCCAUAAUAUUACGCACUCUAAUCCUUAUCAGAUGUAUAUCCACAUAAGAAAACAGAUCGAUCGGCGACAAAGAAGUCUAUUUCCGGUGAAACCAAAACCUCCAAAAGAUUUUAACAAAUAUUUAAUGAAUAGAUGUACCUACACUCUUCAGAGUAAUGUAAAUCCUGAUCCACAGGUGGAAAUCCCGCAUAAUUUACCUACGCAGAUGAUAAACGAGUUUAUGGCCCAAGAAAAGGAAAGAACAAGAUUACGAAUUCAACACCUUAUUGAAAAGGAAAAGUUGGUGUUGGCUGUUGAACAAGAAAUAUUACGAGUACACGGACGCGCCGAGCGUGCAGUGGCGAACCAGGGCUUACCUUUUUACCGACAGUCUCUACCGUUCUCCGUGUGUACGAUACUCCGAGACAAAGAAGUCUACAAUGUGUUAGCUCCAGAUCAAGAAGAGAAACGCAAUGCGCAGCGCUCCCGCUGUAACGGCAGGCAAAUAAACUCAUGGCUUCAAGAAGUAGACGAUAAAUGGGAAAAAAUAAAGGAGGGAAUGCUUCGACGUCAACACACGGAAGCUCAAACUCUGCAUGCUGUGCAAAUAAUGGGGUGGGAGUGGAAGUUAAAAGAAUGUGGUAUUUGUGAUUACAAAACCACACCCAAGAUUGAUCCGGUCCACGUUCCGCAGAUCCACGUGUCAAAUUUUGACUUGCCCGCUUGAAUUUAAGUUCAUAUUGCCUGUGUUCAUGUCACGUCAUCACGUUCAUAUUGUAUUGUGCGUAAAUACCUCAUUAAUUGCUGAUGGCCACUGAAUCUUGAAAGAACUUUUGAUUGAAGGUCACCUAAUUACAAAAAUACUAAAGCAUUAAUACCGCCAGCAGAAGGUAAAACUUAAAAACACUAACCGUGUAAAAAUAUUCAACAUCUAAAAAUAAUACAGUAUGUAAUAAUUAUAAAUUAUACUUAAUAACUUGACUUAAUAAAUUAUCAAUAAAAUUCUUGCAGAGCGCCGAUAACUGGCAUAGUGCUUGGGUUAAAUUGGGGAGACCAUGCUGCGCUCAGCCACACACGGGUGUCCCACGUACACGACAUAAGUACUGUAAUGAAUCAUUUUACUGAAAGAAUUGAUUUUAUUCUUAAAACAAAUCAAAUUACAUUCAUAGAUUUUAAAUAAUUGAUUGAACUGAGAAUCAAAACCUGUUAUAGAAUAAAAGAAACUAUUGGCUUUAUCGUAUCAUGAGGCCAAUAGUUUCUUUUGGUAUAAACAGGAACCUUCCUAUUGGCAUGACAGGUAGACAAUAUUUCUCUCGCAUAGCAGAUUCCUGGUUCAAUUAAGCAAUUAAUAAUAUCUUUGAUUGCAGUUCAAUUUGUUUUUAUAAAAUAAAAUUUCUUACAGUGGCAUUGCACAUCUUCAUCAUUAAGGUAUGUGGUAUGUGGGACACCUGUCUAAGGAACAAUAUCUCAGGUUUAAUCAGAUCAUGAAAACUAUCAAGUGAUCUGAUUUUCAAUUUGGAAGAAGCUGUUCAUAUACAAGUUGUUCCUGGAUUCAGUGGCCAUUUCAGAGAAUAAAGUAUUUACUUACCAAUCGUAACGUGUUGGCAUAAAUUAGUGUGUAGUUAAUUUUUUAAUUAUCUAUGAAAUUAUAACAUCAAUUGGUAAUAAGAAUCAAGCGGAGCUACAAAAUUGGAUUAUAAAUCUCUAAAUUGAUCAACAUUAUGUUGAACCUUCUAUUCUCCCGCGCAUCUUCGGUAACUUGUUAUUUAUUCUCUUCUACGAAAAUAUCAACACCUCUAUUAAAAAUAACCUGUUAUCGGGAGAUGUCAAAAUCUAAAAUUUAUUUUUUUAAAGCUAUCAAGGACAUAGAAUAUUAUGAAUUUAUUUUUGAAUGGUCCUUGCCUACUAAAUGAACGAAGGUGUUCUUUCACACUCGGUUGAUACAUUGCAUGCGGGUUGUGGAAUUGUAUCUGCUUUGUGUGUGUAACACCUGAGAUGUGAGAGAAUGAGUGUGUGUAUAUUUACAAAUUAUUUUGUAUUAUAUUAUUUUAUGACUAUGAUUUAGAUUUAGUAUUUAAAUAGGAUUAUAAAUUUGACAUUCAUUUUAAAAAUUAGUAAUGUUUUUCAGGACGAUAAUUUGUAAGUUUGUAGAUUUUAGUUUUAAUUAAUGAUUUUAUUUGAAAAGUUAAGGUUGCAUAUAUUAUGUAUAAAUUUUAUUAGGAAU